GGGGGGGCUUUUAAAGGGGCGCAGGGAACUUUUCAGAACGGUAGUAACUUCGUGUUUUAAAAGUGUUUAAGUUUCUCUGUUUGAAAAGGAUGUUGCGUCUGAAAACUUUUUCUUGCGUGCAGGAAUGGUGCAUGGUAAAACUAGCUUCUAUCAUAGUGGUGAAAGCGAAAACUGGAGUCAAAACUUAAGAUCAGACAAAAGAGGGGCUGUCUGUUCAUCAAAAACUGGUAAAAUUCAGGCUUCCAAUUUCGCGGCAGUUAACUUUGUUUAUGUGAACAUCCAUUUUGAGCCCUUUAUUUCUUCGCGCGCUAGACACGUCUGGUCAGGGUGUAGACACGCGUGGCCAGCAAGUUGACCAAGCGUUAACCCGCGAUCAGGCGUCGUUUUUUUAAAGGGAAAUGUGAGGAUGUAGGGAGGGGAGGGAGGGUAUGACCACAGAUUAAUCACAUACAUUUCUUUCUCAAUUCGCCCACAAGCACAAACAUCAAGUCUCUUCUUGGCGGGGCAAGGUCAUGUGAUCCCCGGAAUGAAUAGAAUUGAUCAACAACUCAAGGAAACGAUAACCUCUCCCCGACUCAGUAAUGGUAUAAUUUGUAAGAUGUGCCACAUUAAUUGAUUAUUUUUGCCUUAAUAGGCUUGGAGAAUUUUCGUCUGAGUCCGCAAUUGACCGAAAGUGUAUCAAGCAGCUCCCCCUGUUCGGUGGUGUUUUCAGAUGACGGGAAGGAUGGUUUCGGUCAGGAACACUUUGAUUUCCAGUUGACCCCUGAAUUAACCAGGCUUGACAUGGUCUCAUCUGCUUUGGAGUGGUUAGAAAAUCUAGAAUCAUGUCAUCAGAUGCGAUCGCACUCACCACGAUUGAGCAGUCAAAAUGAUUCAUUCCAAGAACCUCCGCACAAUAUGACAUACACGAACUCAAAUGAGGAAUUUGAUGUCAGUGCCGCUAUUGCUUUCUGUAAUCCCGCUGCUCCAAAAAACGUUCUGUUUCCUCAACCUGAAGUUGUCACCGGCUCCGGAAGCAAUUUUCCUCAUUGCGUACCACAGCAGAAGGCGAGAAGCCCGGAUUCUGUUCAUUGCCUUGUUCCUCAAUAUACGGGUUCUGACAAGGAAUGGAAACGAGAGAGGUAUGCUGUCCCGGAUGAGUGCAAGGACGAGAGGUACUGGAGAAAGCGUUCCAGAAACAACAUGUCGGCGAAGAAAUCCCGAGAAGCUAAGCGCGCCAAAGAUCUCUUAAUCGCAAGAAAGAUAGAUGAAUUGGAAAAAGAAAACGCCGCGUUAAAAAUGUUGCUUAGAAACUUAAUGCUGCAACAGCCACAACAUAACAACAAUGGCAUAUGUUUCUGUGGGAAUAAAUUAAUUUAGUACAUUAUUACACCGUGCUAAAUUUAUAAGCUUAUACAGUAGAAACACUGAUACACAUAAGAAUAAACGCGUUUCGCGUUGAGUGAGAUUCUUGACUGUCGCGCAAAGCGCACUGAGGAAACCGUUGUAUGAUGAUUGGCGUCUUCUGUAUUCAAGAUCUUGGGUCAGUAUAUAGAUCAUUUACACUGUAUUUCGAAUUGAAGGAAAGCAAAAAUUAUGAAAAGUAAAUAAGAGAAAGUUUGUAACUGUUAUGGUCAAAGUGUUAAUUUUUGUCACCGCGAAAGGUAAUAAAAUAAAACUGGCUGCGGAUAAAAUGUUUUGAACUGGGGAAAUAAACGGAAAUAAAGUUGCGCCAAUUUGGUUCACUUCAGGAGAGAAAUUGCUAGAGGCAAGAAAAUAUUUCCACUCGGGCAAAUCCGGGAAACCAAAGGAUGUUCAGUGUUGUGGCCGAUCCCAUGAGGCGGAACGCGCGGUCCCUCUUC